GAAAUAUAUACGAGCCUUCUUGGAGCCUUCCACUAUAUACAAUCAAAUAAUCUUCAAUAUUCGGUCAUUUACAUCGAUUUGUUGAGCGUAAUCCAAGCCAGGGCGAAAACACAUGAAAAGUAAUAAAAGCCUCCUCAUCUGAAUCCAACAAACCAAUUCGUUAUCAAGAUGUUCAUAGAUCGAUCUACAAAGUUUUAAGAAAAGAAUAUAACAGAGUAUGGAACUUGACCAAAUCUACAAUAUUCUACGAUUCUGUAAUAGGCCAUAUAUGUUUUAAAUUC